AUGAGUCCUUCCGCAGACCCCAACGCCCGAACACCUCCUACUACUACCAAGAGCAUGGAGCCACAUGGCGAGCUUGAUUCAUCUAAGCUUAUAUACUCGCUCACCAUCAGCCCUCGUGCUGUACCAGAUGCGGCUUCCGCUACUAGCGGCAAGGAAACCAUAUGCACUGAUCAUAUGAUUACGGCGGUCUGGAAAGCAGGUUCAGGCUGGGAAGCCCCCCAGCUUAGACCGUAUGGAGCUCUAAAUAUCAUGCCUACAGCUUCCGUGCUGAAUUACGCAACUGAAUGCUUUGAGGGUAUGAAAGCUUAUCGCGGCGACGAUGGAAAGCUCCGACUGUUCAGGCCCGAUCGCAAUUGUGCCCGCUUUAACAAAUCGGCCAGCCGAAUUUCUCUGCCGAACAUUGAGGCGAAUGAGAUGAAAAAGCUGAUUAUGGUUCUUCUCAGCGUCGACGGUCCCCGUUGGCUUCCCAAGGAGCGCGCUGGAUCGUUUCUGUACCUUCGUCCCGUUAUGAUCGGCACUGAUCCUCAAGUUGGAGUCAAGGUGCCUAAAGAAGCUCUCGUAUAUAUCAUCGCUUGCUAUCUGCCGCCCAUGGAUAGUUAUCCGGGCGGCAUGCGUCUGCAAACCUCGCCUGACGAUGUCGUGCGUGCGUGGGUUGGUGGUUUCGGGUGGGCCAAACUUGGCGCCAAUUAUGGUCCUUCCAUAAUGACCAAAGCGCAAGCGGCUGCGCAGGGCUUCCAUGAGACUUUGUGGCUGUAUGGCGACCAGGGCGAAUGCACCGAGGCAGGUGCCAGUAACUUCUUUGUCGUCUGGAAGCGUAGGGAUGGUAAGACAGAGUUGGUUACUGCGCCACUCGACGAUAAGUUAAUUCUCGAUGGCGUCACGCGCGGCAGCUGCCUGGAACUGGCGCGACAGCACUUGGCCGGUCAUGUUGAAGUGACGGAGCGCAAAUUUACCAUCCAUGAGCUUAUUGAAGCUCAUGCUGAGGGCCGAAUUCGCGAGAUUUUUGCCUGUGGCACCGGAUUCUUCAUCUGUCCCAUCUCCCAUAUCCAUCACCAGGGCACGGACAUUACCCUUCCAAUGGACAACAAGAAUCAGGCCGGUGAAGUUACUAGCAAACUCAAAACUCUACUUGGCGAUAUCUUGUAUGGGCGUACCGAGCACAGCUGGGCUGUGGUCGUUCCCGAGAGGGAGUAG